CCAGAGCUUCCCGUCGGACGAAGGCUGGCCGUUCGCCAAGUACCUGGGAGCGUGCGGGCGCAUGGUGGCGGUGAACUACGUGGGGGAGGAGCUAUGGAGCUACUACCACGCCCCCUGGGACAAGAGGGUGGACCUAGCGAGGCAGCUGAUGGACAUCGCCGAGCAGCUGACCAACAACGACUUUGACUUCGCUCUCUACCUGCUGGACGUCAGCUUCGACAACUUUGCGGUGGGCCCGCGUGACGGCAAGGUCAUCGUGGUGGACGCCGAGAACGUCCUGGUGGCGGACAAGCGGCUCAUCAAGCAGAACAAACCGGAGAACUACGACGUGUGGUACGAGAGCCGCUUCGAGGAGUGCGACCGCGAGGCCUGCCUGUCCUUCUCCAAGGACUCCCUGUGCACCCGGGUCACCGUGGACCACAACUACUACGCUGUGUGCCAGAACCUGCUGUCUCGCUACGCCACCUGGCGGGGCACCACGGGGGGCCUCCUCCACGACCCCCCCGCCCACGUAGCCAAAGACGGCCAGCUGGAGGCGCUGCUGGACGAGUGCACCCGGCCCAAGAGGCGCUACGGCCGCUUCCAGGCCGCCAAGGAGCUGCGCGAGUUCCUCACCAGGCUGUCGGCCGACUCCUCCCCCGCCAGGUAAUCCACGGCCUCGGCGACGGACUGGAUCCCGGAAGCGCGCACGAUGUCUUUACCGCUCCUUUGAGCGGGACGCAUCCUCUCGGCGAAGACUUCCUUUCUUUCAUAAAAACUCGCCACAUUUGCCGCGUUUACGUUCGGAUCGGUUUAUUUCCCCCCCCCCAAGUAGCACGGCUGCGGAGGUAGCACGAGUGCGCCCGAGGAGCCGCUCGGAUGCCGUCAAUCACGUUGUUGUCGUCGUGGCGAUCGUCUUGUCCCCCCUUUGUCGAGUCUGUGGCUGGAGCAUUCUGUUACGGCGGAGACCAAAGAGGCUGAAGCUAACGUUUACGUGUCCUGACGACACGGCGGUCGCAGCCUCCGUCUGGAAAAAAAGCAAUAGUUGGAAAAAGAAAACCCAAGUUCUGCUCUCGGGAACAUGUUUGUGUUCCUCGGACUCUCGGACGUUUGUACGUGCGUCUUUUGUACCGUCCUUUGCUUUCAGUCUCCUAUCAGCCUGGUCUGGUUGUUCCUGUGCCUUUCAUUCAAAAGUUGUAUUGGCAACUUUUAGUGGUUUCAUGAUUGGAAUAAAAGAAGAUCUAUAUCUCGAUACAGAAACGUACUCUUGUGUCCCGGACUCUUCUUGCUUGGCAAACAAACUGCUGCUAAACGUGACUCGACUCGGGGUGGAACAAAAUGUGUUCACAUUCAAGUCGCCAUUCCUAUUCCUUCUGAU